UCCGUAAUUAUAAACUAAUCGGGCAUUGACUAAAUAAAUACGCCAAGGCUUGCGUGCGUCGCCGAACAAAAAACCAAGAGAGGGGGAAAACCGAAUCAAGGACUUUAUUUUCCAAAUUCAUUUCUAGCUGGGCGAUGGCUGGUCUACUUCGCCGCCGUAUCUCCGUCGCGGCGGUUCCGUUGCUGAUCAUGCUUCUGACGAUUGAUGCUCUGUCUAACUACGCCUCUGCUGCGAAUUCAGCUUCGGCUUUCGUGCAAAACGCCAUCUUCUCCAACAAGAUCGUCAUCUUCUCCAAGUCCUACUGCCCGUACUGCAUGGCUGCCAAACGAAUUUUCAGGGAACUGAAUGAACAUCCAUUUAUUGUGGAGCUUGAUCUUAGAGGUAUUCCUGUUCUUCAUCACCGGCUAUACAUAUGUCGUGCAAUUAUACUCUUAGUUGACUUGUCUGUUCAUGGGAUAUUUGCAGAUGAUGGACCUCAAAUCCAGUAUGAGCUUCUGGAAUUUGUUGGCCGGCGCACUGUCCCGCAAGUUUUUGUAAAUGGCAAGCAUAUUGGUGGAUCUGACGAUCUUAGAGCUUCUUUCCAGAGUGGUCAAUUGCAGAAGCAUCUUGCUGCAAGUUGAUCUGGGAAAAGAUAAACUGGAAUCAUGUGAUGUAGGGGAAUAGGAGGACUGAGUAAAAACAUUGUUGAUGUUGAUGAUCUCCUUAGUUACUGCUCUUCAUGGAAUAUACAUGAUGUUGAUGAAGUCUUGUAAAUGCAUCCACCAUAACCCUCAUUACCAUGUUUGCUCUGGCAGCACUUUAGCAUAAGUUUCUUUCACUAGUACUUACUUUUCUGAUUCCGUGGCGCAUUCAGGACAUGUUUAUGAGAUUGGCAAUGGCAUCAUCA